UACCUAUCGCAUAACGUGUGGAACGCCAGCGUACGGCGAAAACGUGACUCGUUCGUGUGUCCUUUAUUUACGAUGCACAAAAAGGCUCCGCGAAACCCGCAUCUUUUUCAUCUUAUUACGACGAAGCUCGCGCCUUCUAACAGGUGCAACGCGUGGCACAGGUCACGUACCUGUAAUGCUACAGUGAUUCUUACCGCCUGGAACCGUUCAAUUUACGGACCACAGCGGGUACUCGUCUUUCCACCUGUAAACAACUAUCGGAGAUUCAUCAUACACCAGCUGGUGCAGGACCGUUUCGACGACCUGCACACGUUCUCGAUCGGUCAGGGCCUUGACAGACGGACCGUCGUGUGCUACAAGAGUGACUUGAUAAGGGAUCCGAAAUUGAAUGGUGCUCAGUGUAAAUCGAGUACGAAGGUCGCUGAUACGCUGCUAGAGAUGGGUGCUGAUGGCCGAAGAUCGCCAUCCGCUUCGCCUGAUCGUGUACGAGUACAGAGGCCAGUGAAGACAGUGCCAGCAGUUGAGAUAUACAGGCCACCAGCUGCCAGGAGGGCUAGGAGUGAACAGACAAACACAGAUCAAGUUCAAGUGCAAUCCACUGACUCAUCUUCUAGUGGAAAAGCUACUCGCCAAAGGAGGCCAGACCGUGCCGUUUAUGUUCCGCGAGCUCGUAGGAGCCUAGACACUGAAGGAAGCCCACAACCUUCGGAAUCUACUCGCACGAGUCGAACAACCAAGGAAAAUACCGUGUCGUCCUCCACACCUCACAGACAAUCAAAGUCGAAUUUAAGCGUUAAAGAACUAGACUCUGAUAAUACCCGGCAAACUGUGGAAUGUGUGAAAAAGGGAUCGAACAACUCCGAUAAAUGUCCGAGAAAUCUAGAGAAUGAAAUUAGCCAGCGUCUUCAGACUGACACGAAGGACACCGACUCGUCGGGUUCUCCGACCGUGUCUGACGUAGAAUCUUGUAAUCAAGAAAAAACGGAACAGCUGAAUAGUGAAAAUGAGCACGUGCCAAACAAACCAGAUAGUUCCACUGUUCCGGAUGCAAAAUGUGAUGGAACCAAUGCAUUUCAACCGCAUACUGUUCAAGAAGAAGAAACGUCUAGUAGUUCUAGCGAGGAUAAGACUAGCUUAGAUUCAGUUGAAGUGUGUGUACAUAGCGAAGUUAAUAUUAACGAUGAGGUAGAAGGAUCUGAUAAAUACAUGGAUAAUGUUGUUACAAUGUCUACGUCGAAUAAUAAUAGAAAGAAUGACGAACUUUCCAAUAAGGAUAAGAUAACGAAUAAGAAGAAUACGCAAAUGUUAGGUCACAAGAUGGUGUCGGAUGUUUUAAUUAUCUCGGAUGUAGAACAGAAAGAGCCGCUCCCUGUUAAGGAAACUACUCCCCCGCCUGCAAUACCACCGGAAAAGAAAAUCAAAAAGAUCGAGAGACAGAAAAGUAAACCAGCACCACCGCCAUCUCCUCCGAUUAAAAAGAUGAAUAGGGACGAAUGCGACUGGGAUAGUUUGUUCGACGACAACGGCGAUUGUUUAGACCCGACUCUUAUAGAAGAGUUGACUUCAGCGGUUGGCGACGUUAUGAUAGAACAGCCGAAAAGCGAUUACAAGUCGUUCACUAAACACAUCGAAGUAUCUAGCGACGAAUUUGCUCACGUUAUUGAGAUAUACAAUUUUCCAUCAGAGUUUAAGACUAGCGAUCUAGCAGCUGUUUUUAGUCCUUUUAAGAAUGGUGGCUUCGAAUUGAAGUGGGUAGACGACACGCAUUGUCUCGGUGUCUUUAGCAGCCCUCUUGUUGCCGCUGAAGUACUGGGGUCUGAUCAUCCGUUUGUUAAAACGAGGCCAUUAAGCGAAGCCACGGCGUUAAGUAAAACUAAAGCAAGACGAAGCGCAGAAUUUCUGCAGCCUUACAGAAGUCGCCCUGAAACUUGUGCUGCAUUGGCCAGGCGAUUGGUCACAGGUGCUUUAGGUGUAAAACUAGCUACAGCUAGACAAGAACGUGAACAUGAGAAAAAUGUUUUACGUGAGGCUAAAGAAAAACGUAGAUUAGCGAACAAACAACGGGAAGACGUCUGGGAAGGCAUAAUUCCCGAAAAGUAGCAUUAUCUGCUGGUAAUGUAAUGUUACAUUGAGAAUUACUUGCAUCAUAUGUAAAUGCUACGACAUUUACAUGCAUUUGUGCCUUACUCAUCUAUUUUUCAUCUUUGACAAACUCAUUUGUCGAGUACUGAUUUGGCUAUUGGUUUCGGGAACACACUUGGGGUAACCUUUGCCAAUAGAUGAGUGCGGCAAUGCAGAGGUACCGAUUACUGAUCAUACUCACUUAGGACUGGUAAAUGAGUUUUUCCAGCGUUUGUUUUCAUUUAUACAUGUUAUAUAUACACGCAUAUCACAAUUGUCCAGACUAGUUGAAUGCGAGCGUGCCUGUUGCACUAUUUUCUAAUGGAGAAGGUAUCGAGUAUUUUAAGUGAUAUAUACUUAGACAGGGCGGUUUUCAGUCCCGUUUAUUAUUAGAUCAACUAUAGAAACAGAUGUAGAAACGUUUUACGAUACGGUUAUAUUCUUACCUCGACAGUUGCCUCUGUUAGAAAUUUAUAUAUACGACGAUAAACAAUGCUGUGUUGUGCAAUGAUAAUACGAGACAAUAAGUUAGAAAUCGUAGAAAAUAAUACGAUAAUAUUCUCUAUGAUACAUGCACGCGUACUGCAUGCGCAUACAUCGAUUUUGCUACCGUGAUAUGUAAUCAAAACGUGUCUUCACAGAGUUAUGAUUUUCACUAUGGAACUAUUAAUGAAAAUACGAGGUGGCAUUUUAUUAUUGUCUGUGCAACGUAAAAGUUAUUGUAGUUGUGAAUUAUAUAUAUGCCACUUGUAUACAUAUAUAUUUCUGUUAUAUGAAUGUUAAAAUUCUGACGCACAAUCAUAAUAUCUACACAUAUUACAGACUUAUUAUGCAAGAAAAAAGGAGAACACAGAACUGCAGAUUGUAUUUUUAUAUACAAUUGUUACCAACAGAGGAAUAAAGAUAUGUAUCGCCAAAUCCUAGUCAAUGUACACAAGGAACAUGUUACCUAUAUUGUAUGUUAUAUUGCCGAAAUUUUUGUCAGCUCGCUGACAAAAGAAUUUAACAAAGGAAACAAAAUGAAAAAAAAGAAUAAAAAAUAUUUUAUGUACCAUA